AUGCAUAUCCAAUCGAUUCCCAUGUGGACGGGGAAGGGGAACAACUAUGCAUACCUUGUGACAGAUGAAGCGACAAAGCACUCUGUCAUCAUUGACCCGGCCAAUCCUCCCGAAGUGGCGCCAGAGUUAAAAUCGCAGAUCAGUGCAGGCAAGAUUGACUUGACAGCCAUUGUCAACACUCACCACCACUGGGAUCAUGCCGGAGGCAACGAUGACAUGUUGAAAGAAUUUGGCAAGCUCCCUGUCAUUGGCGGCUCAAAUUGCCAGUCUGUCACCCAGACUCCCGCCCAUGGCGAAACCUUCAAGAUUGGAGAAGGUAUCACAGUCCAAGCUUUGCACACACCGUGCCACACCCAAGACAGUAUCUGCUAUUUCAUGCAAGAUGGAGACCAGCGGGUUGUGUUCACCGGCGACACCUUGUUCAUUGGUGGAUGUGGCCGUUUCUUCGAGGGAAAUGCCGCGGAGAUGCACAAGGCUCUGAACGAGACCCUGGCAUCUUUGCCAGAUGACACUAAGGUCUAUCCCGGACACGAAUACACCAAGCAGAAUGUCAAGUUCUGUAUUGCAGUUUCCCAGUCCGAGCCGAUUAAGAAGCUUGAAGCUUUUGCCGAGGCAAACCAGCAGACCCAGGGCAAGUUCACUAUUGGAGAUGAGAAGCUUCACAAUGUUUUUAUGCGCGUCAUCUGGAUCGACGUCAUACCCACUUCCAACCCAUCUACCGUUUGCAAUCUCACCACCACACUGGUCAUUAUUACCCCCAAAUACUAUGCCAAUUUGAUUAAGACGCACAAAAAAGUCCAGAAUCUGCACGUAAUGGACAAACAUGACCGAGAGGAUUCCUCGGCCGCCCUGGACGAGAGUCAUGGAGGGAGCAGUGACACCGACGCACAGAACCAUCUGGAGGUCGUCUUUUACCCCGAUUCCAACCACCGUCGCAAGUCUUCUCUAGUUACAAUGGAGAAGCCCCGAAUAAGACCGCACCACGAUCUACAAGAUAGAACCACAGCCUGCUAUGUACAUUCCCUGAUAGCGGGUGAAUGGGCAGCGCCUCUGCCAAAGGGUACCGAGCCACAAGAUGUGAUUCGUACGCUGAGUGAAGAUGAACCCCCGGUCGACGCGAAGGUCCUCGGCGAAGAUAAUGUUGUGUCUGUGGUGGAUAGUGACAACAAGACCGUGAAACCCGAGCCAACAAUUCUCCAAUCACGACAUCUGACGAAGCGGCAAUUAUCAGACAUGGCAUGGAACGUGCGGAAGCUCUCAAAAAAGCUAGGCAGCAUCAAACUGAAGCUUACGGUCAAGAAUGUCUUUAUUGUUAGCAAGACGCACGACGAGUCCUUAGUGAGCUUGACAAGAAAGGUCACUCGCUGGCUUCUCUCCAAAGACCGUGAUACGCCGUACAUAGUCUACGUGGAGCGACGUAUGGAAACGCAUCCUGACUUUGGGACGCUGCAACUGCUGCAAGAUGAGCCGUCAGCUAAGGGCCGGCUUAAGUUCUGGGAUCCAAAACUCGCGCAGGAGCAGCCGCAUCUAUUCGAUUUUGUUAUUACACUUGGAGGAGAUGGAACGGUGCUUUACACUAGCUGGUUAUUUCAGCGAAUUGUACCGCCUGUUCUGUCUUUUGCGCUUGGCUCACUGGGUUUCUUGACUAAUUUUGAUUUUGCGGACCAUAAACGAAUCUUGGAGAAUGCUUUCCGAGAUGGAGUUGUCGUGAGUCUCCGUUUGCGCUUCGAGUGUACUAUUAUGAGAAGCAAGGCGCGGUUAAAGGAUCCUCACUCUCCAACAUUGACAGAUCGCGAUUUGGUGGAGGAGUUGAUUGGAGAGGAAGGGGAGGAUACAUUAACGCACACUCCAGACCGAGUGUAUGAGAUUCUGAAUGAUGUCGUCCUUGACCGUGGUCCAAACCCGACCAUGUCUCAAAUCGAACUGUUUGGAGAUGACGAACAUUUCACCACCUUGCUUGCCGAUGGCAUUUGCAUUGCAACCCCGACAGGAUCAACAGCGUACAAUCUCGCCGCAGGAGGAUCACUCUCUCACCCCGAAAACCCAGUCAUAUUGGUAACUGCCAUUUGCGCGCAUACACUAUCGUUUCGCCCAAUUAUCCUCCCCGAUACGAUAGUUCUACGCAUGGGAGUUCCAUAUGAUGCCCGGACUAGUUCCUGGGCCAGUUUUGAUGGCCGAGAGAGAGUGGAAUUACAUCCUGGUGAUUAUGUUACCGUGUCGGCAUCGAGAUACCCAUUCGCCAACGUCUUACCCCAGGGCCAACGGGGCGAAGACUGGGUGCAUAGUAUCUCCAAGACGUUAAAUUGGAAUUCUCGAACAAAGCAGAAGAGUUUUAAAUGA